AACGCACUUACUUGACGCGCAGGCUCAAUAGGAGACCAUGUCAGCUAUCUUUGUGAUAGGUCUGCUCUCGGCUAUCCUAGCGAGGAAUUCCAUUGAUGCGUGUUGCUAUGAGACACCAACGCCAGCCGUGCAUUUUAAUCCUGACAUGAACCUUGGUGUGCACGUCUACACGGAUGUCAACUUCACAAGGAAUUUCAGCGAUCCUGAUGAUGCCAGGAAAUACGUGCUUCGGUUCUUCAAGUCGGUAUUCCUAAGGUUUCAAUCGGCGCACGAAAACCUGAAACUUCACUUGGUGAACAUAACUUUUCUGAACGACACAAAAGUGGAAAACGAGUGUUUUACCCUUUACGAUCACCACACCACGAGUCUUGGCAAACCAGUCGUCUUGAAGUACCUUAAACUUGACGAGUCACUAGAUAAAUUUACAAAGUGUAUGAAGAACUCAAAUUCAAUUGCAUAUUCACCGGGAGGUGCUCCAUUAGUAUACGUCCUUACAGGGCACGACACAAUGAGGACAGUAGGAAAAGAACACAAGCGAUGGCCAGGCUAUUCAGCACGAGGUGGAGUAUGUAAAGAGAACAACGUGGCCAUCGGACCGGAAAAGCCGGGAACCUUCCUUGGGAUACUUGCGGCCGCCCGAUUACUUGCGAGAUUAUUGGGAUCUGAUUAUGAUGUAAGGAGGAGUGGUGCAAACGCAAAUAUCCCGGACUGCCAACAAGCCAGAAAACACAUAAUGUCGUACUAUGAAGACUCCCCAGACUCCCACACAUUCUCUUGGUGUUCAAAGUCCGAGAUGGAAGCUACACUCAAAAGCUACGCGUGUACCAAAGCGAGUGGCAAGAAGAUUGAUAUUGGCAGCGACGUUCAUUACCCAGGAAAAGAUUUGAGCCGUGACAACCAGUGCAAAAGAAUUCACUACAAGCUCUAUGCCAGCGGAAACGAGUACAGAUGUGUGCUUGGAUGUCAGACCACACGCGCAACUGGACCAGUAGAGGAGUACGCGAUACUUGACGGAAUGCCUUGCAACGACAAGAGUAAUGGUCGGUGCUAUGUUGGCGAGUGCAGACAAGACACACCAAUCCUUCGAAACUAGCCUCGACCACGGAUGCGACAAGUUCAAUCGACACCGUUUGAGUUCAGUUCAAUAAAGUGGAUUUCGAAUGU